UUCGACCCUUCCGGAGGGAUGGAUAUUAGUGUUCCUAUUUUAUAGAUGAGGCUGUGAAAAUCCUGAGCUUGGCACCUAAUAUUUUUGGCCCCUUUUCCAUCAUUGACUAAGAGGCUUUCCUAGUUUUAACUCACUGAACCCUCUCCAGGGCCCAUUUGACAGAGAGGUGAAGUGACUUGCCCAAGGUCCUCCAGCCCGGACAGGCAGAGGUGAGAGCUUGGCACUAGGAGCAGAGCCCCGGGGGCCAGGCCCCCAGCUCCUGGGCACGGGCUGCUGAAUCAUCAGCAGGGCCUGAAGUGGACUCUGAACUCCUUGGAAAAUAGCUUGUGCAGAUAAGCCGGGACCAGGCACCCCAAUCGGCCUCUGGGCGAGGCUAGAGCCGGGUCCUGCUGGGCUGGAGGAGGCAGGGGCCAUGGCCAGGGGUCCUGUGCCCCUUUCUGGGUAGUAGGGAGAACAGGGGCUGCCAAGUGUGAAGAAGUUGCUCCUCCUUGGGCUUUAAUGGGGUGGGCAGACUCCCAAGGUCAGUGUCCUGUUUGGGCUGGUUGCUCAGAGCUUGGGAUUCUGGGCUCACAUUGUGUCUUCUGGCAAGUUACUUAACCUCUCUGUGCCUCAGUCUCCACACCUGUAUCUGAGGACGGGCACCGGCAUUCAGGCGGAAAACCCCAGGCGAGAAUGACCCAGAUGCAGAAACAGGGACCCAGAGAGCCUAAUGGCUGGCCCAGGGUCACACAGCCCCGAUGCUGCAGAGCUGAGAUCUGAACCCAGAGAGGAGCACCCGAGGCCGGAGCUGGGCAGAGGGCAGGAGGUGAGCGGUGGCCGAAGAGGCCCCAGCCUCGCCGCCAUGAAGCUGAACGAACGCAGCCUGGCCUCCUAUGCCACGUGCGACGCCCCGGCCGACAAUGUGGGCUUCCUGUACAAGAAGGGCGGCCGGCACGCUGCCUACCACCGCCGCUGGUUCGUGCUGCGCGGCAACAUGCUGUUCUACUUCGAGGACCCGGCCAGCCGCGAGCCCGUGGGGGUCAUCGUCCUGGAGGGCUGCACCGUGGAGCUGGUGGAGGCCUCCGAGGAGUUCGCCUUCGCCGUGCGCUUCGCCGGGGCCCGGACCCGCACCUACGUGCUGGCCGCCGAGAGCCAGGCCGCCAUGGAGGGCUGGGUGAAGGCGCUGUCGCGGGCCAGCUUUGACUACCUGCGGCUGGUGGUGCGCGAGCUGGAGCAGCAGCUGGCUGCCAUGCGGGCAGGGGGCUGCCUGGGCCCCGGCCGCCCGCCCCGCGCCCUCCCGCCGCCCAAGGAGAACGGCUGUGCGGUGUGGAGUGCCGAGCUGCCUGCCAACCCCGCGGCCGCCUCCUCCUCCCGGCCGGGCCCCGAGCCCCCACCGCUGCCACCCCGCCGGCGGGCCUCAGCGUCCAUCGGGCCCCUGGACGUGGCCUCCUUCGCCCAGCUGCACGAGUGGUACGGGCAGGAGGUGCGGGCCCUCAGGAGCCAGUGGGGCAGGAGCCGGGCCCAGCCCUGAGGAGCCCUGGGGCCUGGUCCCUGUGGGGAGCCAUGGGCAGGGCAGCCCCCGGGCCUGGCUCUGGGGGGCUUGGGCUGUGAGAAGAUGCUGGCUUUCAGCUUAGAGAUGGCGCAGCUCUGGGGGACCAUCAUACCUGAUUCUUAGGAGAAUCCAGCGCUGGGGUGAGCUCCCCGUAGACCGAGGGGCUGGCUGUGAGGGAACGCCAGCCGCCCAGGCCCGGCUCUGAGGGUACUUCAGCUGCGUGGCCCAAGCUCCCCAGAGAAGUCUGCUGCCUGCACAGGCCUGGGCCGGGCCCACAGCUCCGACGGUGACUGGGCUGGAAUGUUCUGCAGCCAGAGAGACAGAGGCCCAAACAGUCCUGCCCCGCCCCAGUCUCCACACCUGGGCUGAAAUGGCCGGCCAUGGGCUCGCCGCACCUGGGCCCAGUUCUUCUUUGCUCUGGGCCCCUCCCAAGAAACUAGCCUGGCAGUAGGCCCGAGCCACCCGGCUCACUGCUUAGCAAGGGCUGAAGGUGGCCCUGAGGGCCAGCAUGCAGGCAGAGGUGUUAGCAUGCACUGAGGGGGUGCUGGGCACCUGCCAGGCUCGCCACACUGCUCUUGGGGUGGCCCUGGGCCACGCCUGGGGCCCGUAGUGCACACCCUCCCAAUCGGUGGCUGCGUGCCAGUCACACUCUCCUGGCCAGCUCUUCUGUCCCCGGCCUGGGUGGGGCCCCAGGGAGCUCAUCGGACCUCCUGCCCUGGACUGUGUGGCCGUGGCCUGAGCUGGCCCCGAGGGCCAGGAACUUUCCAACAGGUGCACCCAGGGAGGAGGGGCCCCGGGCUGACUCACCCGCCCAGGGAAGGCCCAGGUGCUCAGCUGGUGGCAGAAAAUAAGGAGCUGCCAAGCCUUUGGCUUCCAGAAGCCCCUCCCUCCAAUGCCACGCAGCCCCCUCCUGCGUAGCCCCCGUCCUGAGCCCACAGACUCAGUCCCCACCCCCCAUAUUCUGACGGGGAGACUGAGGCCUGGAGAAGGGAGGCCGGUCUUGCUCUCCUGAGAGGCUGGCUCCUUAUUUCACUGUUCUUCUCACUCACCACAGUGCCCGCUCUUAGUCCAGGGAGAAUGCGGGGGGCUCGGGACACCCCGGCCCUCUAGCUGGGUCAUGUUUACAGUCCUCAGGUCCCACAUGGGGCACCCCCUGAGGACACCUCCACUCCAACCUUUAUUUCCCUGAAGGCUGCCUCUUGGUGACAGACCCUGCGGCCCCCUUCCUGCUGUCAUUGGAGACCUCGGGGCUUGGGGAACGUGUGUGUGUGUGUGUGUGUGUGUGUGUGUGUGUGUGUGUGUGUGUGUGUGUACACUUAUCUACAAUCAAGGCCACACUAGCUCACUGCUGGCUCAGUGUGCUGGGGCUUCAGGUUUGAUUUCAUUUGUGAACACCUGGGGUGCUUUGCUUUUGUUUCCUGUUGGCUGGGGGGAAGGGGCAGGGUGGCCCAGAUCCAGGCUUGGCCAGGGGGACGGCUGGUACUGCCCCCAGGGAGAGGGGGCAGGAGCCUUGGCUGGAGAAAGCCCAGGGCGGAGAUACAAAGUCUCCCCCGAGGGAAUCUCGCCUCUUCCUCGCCUUCCCCCGGCAAGCCCUCCCCUCCCCAGCAGUGCUCUGGGUCCUGGUAUGUUCCCCGCCACUCCCUCCGAGUUCCGUGUCUGGCCUGACCCGGCAGGUGGGGCCAGGAGUUACCCGCAGUCUGGUGCAGUUUAUAAUCAAAAGGUACAGCGGCCCUGGUCUCCCCCGGGGUGGGAAGGUGGGGGGUGUUCCUGCCUCCAAAAGCACAAGAUGGGGUCAGGCUGUUUCCGGGGUUGGGUGGGUGGCGGGAGAGGGAUCAGGCAGCCUGGGAGGAGAUGCAAGGACUAAAAUAAACAAAAGUUUGUCCAGGAAUGGCUGGUUGUGUCAUUUUUCAUGCCCCUCCCCAUGUCAGAGCCAGGAGCAGCCUCCGUGAGGGAAGGGGCUGGUGUGGGUGAGGGCUUCGCGUGCCCUGUGCUCUGCCAGGCACGUUUUCACAACAUCCUUGUAAGGCAGAUGCCAGCCCCAUUUUACAGAUGGGGAAACUGAGGCUCAGAGAGGUUCAGAAACCUGUCCAAGGUCACACAGCUAGAAAGUGUCAGAGCAGGGAGCAGGGACGUGUGGUGAAAGGACAGAGCCUUCAGGACUAUGAGGGGAUGCUG